CCGAGUCUGUCGGCCAUGAUUGAUUGACCACAGCCGGCCAGCCUCAAGCUUCAACUUCAAAGAGUGCAAUAUAGAUCUACCCCUUGCCCCGUGUAGUAUUAGAAAAGAGACAAGUACAAACCCAAGUACAUCUAGAUCUACAAGGCACCGGAGUCUUGACAUGAUUUAAACCUCCCAAGAUGUCUAAAAAACGGCCCACAGAAAGCUCAUGGGACAGUGAUGAAGAGCUUCUUAGUGACACAUCUGGGAUCACAGCAUUCCCAAAGACAACUGAGCUUGAUCUGUUAGGAGAUGAUGGAGAGCUGGAUGAGGAUGCAUUGCUGGGCAUGGAUGAGGCAGGAGCAAAGGCCGUGUCUAUUUCCUUUGCAAAUGAUUCUGUGAGACCGUUGAUGGGCAGGCAACAUUCUCAUCUUUCAAGAGCAAAGAGCUCACAUGCUGUUGGGGAGGUCAACACAGGUGUUGAUGAGCAAGCUUUUGUCUUUGAAGAUACAGACACAGCUGAUCUAGAACAUGAGCUCAAUGCUGGAGAGGAGGAGGAUCCUGCCUAUUCUAUGGGAGUUGAGCAAAGUAGAAUGUUUGAAGUCACAGGUUCAGACCAUUAUCCCCAAGAAGUUGGUUACCAGGAAAAUUAUUCUGAUAACACUCAAGAGAUUCAUCAAAAUGAGGACUAUCAUGUUGACAGCACCGUGACUUCAGAGUCUCAAGGAGAGUAUGGAGAAAUGGGGUCCGCAUCUUAUAGUGACAGAAGUGCAUUUCCUGGGACUGCUGUGUCCAGUGGCGAUGGAGGGGAUGAUGCAGCUAAUCACAGCACGGGUGUAGAGCUGGGUUAUGAUCAACCUACUGAACAGCAUGAUCAGGUGCAUUUAGAGUAUGCUGACGCUCAGGCAGGGGAUCAGGUUCUGGUCACAGAAGAUUCUACUGAAACCGCAGUUCAUUAUGAAAGUGAAAGCGAGAGUGAUGAUGAAGAUUCACGUCAUAAUCGUGGAAAAUUCAAAACUGAGAGAACUGGAGUAAUUUCUCUGACUGGAACUGUCAAGAGAGCAAGCAUUCCUGAUACACUAGAAAUCGAUGAUGAGCAAGCAGCUCAAAUUGAAAAGUUCAUGAGCGACAAACCACAUGGUGGAAAACCUCCUGGCCAGGGACGGGGCAUGGCUCGUGGGCAAAAAGCAGGAGGUAGAGGGCAGGCUGGUGGCCGCGGCCAGCCGGGUUUACUGGGUCAAGGACGACCUAGUGCACACAGCAGGCUCGGGGCUAAGCCACCAGGAGGUGUGUCUCCGCUAAGACCGGGACUUCUACAAGGUCCGAGAGAUGGACCCAGCCCUCAGAACCUCAUGUCGCAGAUGAUUCAAAAUAUGAGAGCCGCCUUCCCAAGGGGUCCUCAGAUGAGAGGUCCAUUUCCGGGUGGGUUGUUCAACCCCAGAGCGCCCAUGGCUUUGCGUCAAAUGAUGUUACAAGGAAGAGGGCCUUUCCCUGGGGAACCACUAGGCCCUAGAGCACCAUUUCAAGGAGGCCCUGGUAACAGAGAGGGUCCCAGGGCUAACAUGAGGUUUGGAGGACCCCUAGCACAAGGAGGCCCUCCAAGGGGUCCGAACCCUCGAGGUCCCCAGCCAUUGAGGGGACCGUUUCCUAAUGAAGGGCCUAGAGGCCUCCCAGGAGAUGGUGGACCUUUUCCAAGGGGACCUGUUCCAAGACAAGCUCUCAGAGGUCCUCAGCCGAGGGGUCCGCCUGGCCUCAUGAGACCCCAGCACCCCCCAAAUGUCGAUCAAGGAGGACCUGCCUUUAGGAUGAGGGAACCUGGUGGCAUGAUUCGUGGACCUCAUCCAAACAUGAGACCCUCUCUGAUGGGACCUCGCCCAAUGAUGCCUCCAGGCAUGGGCCCCCCUCGACGGCUGCUGACAGAUCAAGGGAAGCCAAUCCCUUCUCUAGUCAAGCCCACGUUGACUCCGCCGCAGAGUCCCCACAGCCCGAGAGGACCUUCACCACAGCAAAGGUUUGCGGGAGCGAGACCAUUGAUGCUGUCAGGACCGCCGCGGCCACUGGGAAUGCAACAAGGUCCUCGUUUUCAGGGCCCGUCGUCUCUAAACCAGCAACCAAGGCCUUUGUUAAGUCCCCAGGGGGAUGGGCCCAACAGAAAACGAAAAAUCUAUAUCAAUCCCCGAUUUCAAGGAGAGCAGGGACCAACAGGGAUCACAAGAACCGUUCGAAUUGGUGUUCCUCUUCAGCAAAAAAGAGCGAAGGCCCUUCUGGACAAAGCUAUAUACACUCAGAAGAAAGGACCAGGCACUGCCCCUGCUGUUGCUGUGAAACGAAAGUCAACAGGAGGUGAAGAGGUGCCAGUCAAAUCAUACAAGACAGAAAAUCGGUCUCAGGAACCGAUGGAUGAGGAGUCAAGACAGAUGAAGGCUCUCUUAGACGAACAGAAACGUAGGCGGGAAAUAAUCAUGAGGAGGAAAGAGGCUGCUAGACAGAGGCAGGCGGAAGAGAAAAGAAAAGGACUGGAACAAAAGCAGCAGGAAGAAGUCAAGACAGGUGAUGCGGUGGGUGCACCAAAGAGUGGUGCAAACAAGACAAGUCGCAGCGGCCCUGUGUCUUCAGCAAGCCAGCGACCGAACAUUACUCUCUCCAGGCCAACUGGUGUUGGGAGGAGGAUCGAGUCUCGGUUGGGACCUCCGCCUUCAUCAGCACCAUCUGCAAGAGGACCAGGUUCCCAUCCUACAGGCCAGUCCCGGCCUCAGUUGUCUCGAGGUGGACCACAGCAAACCAUUCAGGUCCUGACCCCAGGACCACGGUCCCCUGUAAUUGGCCAGCUGAGACCUGCAUCUGCUCCUGCUUUUCGAAGUCCCCCCCAACCAUCACAGGGCUUUGGUCCAAGGGGUCCUCAAGGGGCAAGGCUGCGAAGUCCAGCUGAUCCAAGGUUUGGCGUACCUCCUCAACUCACUGGACCAGCAGGAGUCAGGGGUCCUCCACCAGGAGUUUCACAAGAGUUCAGGAGUCCAGCUCCGAACCAAGAGGUCAGAUUUAGAGGAGCUCAGCCCUCCAAUCCUCCUCCGAACCAGGGCUUUAGGGGGCCAGCUCCCCGGUCAGCCCCAGCUCUGGGAUCUGCACCACCACAGUUCAGAGGACCCCCUCCAGCCCAGCCAGCUCAGAGGUUCCAGUCAGGACCCUCUCAAGCCCCACCCACUCAGAGGUUCCAGUCAGGACCCUCUCAAGCUCCACCUGCUCAGAGGUUCCAGUCAGGGGCCCCUCAAGCCCCACCCACUCAGAGGUUCCAGUCAGGACCCUCUCAAGCCCCACCCAGUCAGAGGUUCCAGUCAGGACCCCCUCCUUCAGGACAACAUCAGCCUGCUGGGCAGCCUCCCCCUCAGCACCCACGCUUCUCGUCCCCACCACCUGCAGCUCAACCUCCGUAUGGCUAUGCUCCGCCUCCCACUCAAAAUCCUAGUUUGAACCCUCCAUUCCAAGCACGAGCAGCACCCUCCCACCCUCCCCCGAGGCCCCCGCCUCCUGGACAACAGUAUGGACAACAACCCUACCAGCAAGCAGCCCCAGCAGCACAGAGCUAUCACGGCACACAGUACCAGCCCCCAGCUAGCCAUGCCCCUGCGGAAACCCUGCCAUACGCUCACCAUCAAGCGCCACCACCACCCACAAGCCAUCUCCAUGCGGCCCCCCCACCUGUCAUUCAACAUCAGACGGUCCCUCCCCCCCAUCAUGCCGCCCCUCCGCCUCAGCAGCUUCACGUAGCCCAGCCGGGCGUACCUCCCACAAGCUACCAGGCUCCCAGCUAUGCUCAACCUGCCCAUGUGGCACCCAACUAUGCUCAGCCCACCCACGCCGCUCCCACAUAUGCCCCUCCCACUCACCAUUCUUAUCCCACCCAUGCACCUUCCACCCAACAUGCCCCCCCUCCCUCCUCCCACGUUUCUUCCACGUACGCCCCACCCAGCCAGAGCCAGCAGUACCCAGCCUCUACAGCUGCCACCCAGCAGUACAGUCACGUGUCCCAGGUUUCCCACCAGUACCAAGACCAGCAGGCCUUGUACAGCCAGUAUCAGACACCUCAGCAAUCUCACUAUGACUACUAUUCAGAAGGCCAACAAAUUCAGACCAUUUCUUCUUUGACUCCCAGCACCCCAGCUGCUGACCAGCGCUCGGUUCAGCAUCACAGCCCUGUGGGCCAACGGAUACAGACCAUUGCCCAGAGAGUGCAGCCGGCCACAGGACAGGAGAUGCGCUCCAUCAUCCACAGCAACUCCUCACCUCGGCCCGCAGCUGUCACUCCGGCUACACCGAGUUCUUCGCGAGUUGUGCAGUCUCGUAACCAAUAUGGAAGUGCCCCGACUUUGACAAGCCCAGAGUCUAGGCUGGUUGUUGACAGCAAUGUGCCAGUGCUGGAGGGACCCCAGAAAAUUCUUAUCCAGAAUGUUCCGCAAAUGGCCACAAGGGAGACGCUGAUCAAGAUCUGCAAGCAUUUUGGACGAGUUCUGGGACUGAACCUGCUGCGAGAACAGAACAAGGCUGUGGUGCAGUUUGAGACUGGAGCUCAGGCUGCCAAAUGUGUCAACAAGUGCAACCAGAAAUGUCUGCAUAAGACAAGGAUCUCUGUGAAACUGCUGGCCAACUAGACCUUGAGAUGCACACAGUAUGGAAGCAGAAGCUGAUCUUUGUUCAGUACAUCAUCAUUCAGUCAGUGUGAAAACACUGACUUAGCCGAGGCAUCUUGUGACUUCAGAUUUGACAGAAUGUUAAUUACUCUCAAAAUAUCUUUGCAGUGUGGAUAUAGACAAUCGUUCUCAGAAAAGUUAAAUUCUAGAAGGUAGAAACAUGAAAAGAUUAGAAAAUUCUCCCUAGUUGUGGAUAUAGAAUGGUAAGUAUAAGUGUCAAUUUCAAGGUUCCUACGUAAUCAAAGAUUAAAACUUUUGUCCUCCUUUGAUUAUUUUUUGUUUAUUUGAAGUAAGGGUCAAUACAUAAUUACCAGCUUCAAGUGUGAGCUUGUAUCGCUAAAAGUAUUGUUUGCCUACAAAUAAUAAGAUUGCCUGAAGUCCACAAGAUAUGUUUAGCAACUGGAUUUAUGACACACAUUUCAUGGACCUAGAAAGUGGAAGAAUUUCAUGUAUUUCAAGUUUGGAUUUCUAGGAGUUCAUUGAUCAUCAAAUGAAUCACCAGGUAAGCUUUUAUGUCCACAGAUCAUAAUCAUUUUGAAAUGUAAAACAAUGCUUUGUUUCCUCCCCCCCCCCAAUUUGUUGCAUGUAUGUAUAUAAACAGGGUUGAGCCUUUGCAAGAUGACCACCCUUUACUGAGGGGGGAAAAGGUAAUUUUAGACAGGUUGUCCUCUUGGGUAGUGUUAUUACGAUUUUUUUAAAAACAACACAAGGGGAAAGUUGGAAGUGGCUAUUUGUAGAGGUCUUGGACAGGUUGUCGUUACAGCAGGUUCAACUGUAUGGGUGUUGUGCUCCAGAUUGGUUGGUGUUAUCAGUGGAUUUGUGCGGUUGGCAUCAUGUUCUGAAGGUUAUCGGGCCUAAGUAAAUUGUGGCUAGGCACUCCUCCUUUUAUGAUUCCCUUCAUCUAGACCUAAUUUUGUGGGUGGUUGGCGGGCGCUCUGGUGUGGUUUACUCCUUCAUUCCUAUCAAACAUCUACCAUC